AUGAAAUCUUACGAAGUCCUCCCCCUGGCUUCUAUCUUCCUCUCCCUGAUGCUUUUUCAUCAAACCUGGGCUCAGUUUCCACGAGAGUGUACCAGUGUUGAGGCUCUGAGAAGUAGAGAGUGUUGCCCAGACCUGUCUCCUUCCUCUGGACCUGGGACUGACCCCUGUGGCUCAUCGGCAGGAAGGGGAAGGUGUGAGUCUGUGACCGCAGACUCCCGGCCUCACAGCCCCCAUUACCCCCACGAUGGCAAAGAUGACCGAGAGGGCUGGCCUCUUAAGUUCUUCAAUAGGACAUGUCAGUGCAACGGCAAUUUCUCAGGACACAACUGUGGGACCUGCCGUCCUGGGUGGAGAGGAGCUGCAUGCGACCAGAAAACUCUCGUAGUCAGGAGAAAUCUUCUUGACUUAAGUGCAGAAGAAAGGAGCCACUUUGUGAGAGCCUUGGAUAUGGCAAAGCGCACAACGCAUCCUCAAUUUGUCAUUGCCACAAGGAGGUCAGAAGACAUACUGGGACCAGAUGGCAACACACCACAGUUCGAGAACAUUUCCAUCUACAACUACUUUGUUUGGACACACUAUUAUUCUGUCAAAAAAACCUUCCUUGGGGUAGGGCAGGAAAGCUUUGGCGAUGUGGAUUUCUCUCAUGAAGGACCAGCUUUUCUCACAUGGCACAGGUACCAUCUGCUGCAGCUGGAGAGAGACAUGCAGGAGAUGCUGCAGGAGCCUUCUUUCUCCCUUCCUUAUUGGAAUUUUGCAACUGGGAAAAAUGUCUGCGAUAUUUGCACCGAUGACUUAAUGGGAUCCAGAAGCAGCCUUGAUUCUACUCUUAUAAACCCCAGCUCUGUCUUUUCUCAAUGGAGAGUGGUCUGCGAGUCCUUAGAAGAUUACGACACCCUGGGAACACUUUGCAACAGCACUGAGGGUGGGCCCAUCAGGAGAAACCCAGCUGGGAACGUGGGGAGACCAGCAGUGCAGCGUCUUCCUGCGCCACAGGAUGUCACCCAGUGUUUGGAGGUUGGCGUGUUUGACACACCUCCUUUUUAUUCCAAUUCUACAAACAGUUUUCGAAACACAGUGGAAGGUUACAGUGAUCCCACCGGGAAAUAUGACCCUGCUGUCCGAAGCCUUCACAACCUGGCCCACCUCUUCCUGAACGGAACAGGAGGACAAACCCAUCUGUCUCCCAAUGAUCCGAUUUUUGUCCUCCUGCAUACUUUCACUGAUGCAGUCUUUGACGAAUGGCUGAGGCGGUAUAACGCCGAUAUUUCUAUCUUCCCAUUGGAAAAUGCUCCCAUUGGACAUAACAGGCAAUAUAACAUGGUACCAUUCUGGCCUCCAGUUACCAACACAGAGAUGUUUGUUACUGCUUCAGACAACCUGGGAUAUGCCUAUGAAGUUCAAUGGCCAGGUCAGGAGUUCACUAUUUCUGAAAUCAUUACGAUUGCUGUAGUGGCUGGACUGUUACUUGUGGCUGUCAUCUUUAUGGGAGUUUCCUGUCUGAUCCGUUCUAGAAGGACCAAGAAUGAAGCCAAUCAGCCUCUUCUCACUGAUCACUACCAACGCUAUGCUGAGGAAUACGAGGAGCUCCCAAAUCCUAAUCAGUCCAUGGUCUGAUAGCCGCCUGUCCGCUAACGCAGGAGGAACGCACACAACCUGAUUGAAGCACAGUGAUCACCCACUUUUCAUUUUGCUCCCUUUCUUUCUUACAUAGAUGUGUGUCGGAAUUAAAGCAUUGCCUUUUGGGGAUGAGAAUUCAGAAUCUUUUCAAUGGGUUCUAAUCAUUGGCUCUGUUUAAGAUGGCAUAUUGUACCAGCUCCAUAUUAUCUAAGGGGAUAAUGUGAUGAGCUUUCUUGUAUUCUAAAGAUUGCCUAAGGGCUGUGAAUAAGCAAUGCUUUGUGUGCACCGAAAAAUAAGAUGUAAAAAUCUCUACUUCAUUGUGUAAGUGGCCAUUCUUAUGUUGUCAGCAUGUGAGUGCAUUGCUAUUUUGAUACUGGUCAACAGAGAUAAAGACAGCCAUGUUGAUUGGUUAAAUUGCAUUACUUUGUAAGCAAAUAGGAUCCUGAUUAGCUUUCUGAAACUGCUCUUGUUUUGAUGACAGCAUAUAUUAUUUGGGCUCAGGUGCAAGGUCACAACAAAGUCACAAUUCUUGUCACACUUUGUAAAAACAAAAGCUGCACCUUGCUGGAACACAGCUUUUACUGCCUGUUUGCCACUGUGUUCCCACCGCCCCUGUCACAGCUCACCUCCCAAUUCUAGUAUCUAGGAAGUCUGCAGAGAAGGAUUAAGACAAAGGACACUGUGUUGUGGAUAACAUCAAAUGUAUUCAUUUCACUUCAGCAGCAUUCUCUUACCGC